AGAGACACGUGAGACGCUGCUACGUCAUCAAAGGCACGCGCAGCAAACAUGGCGGCGGCGGUGGUUGUGAGCGGGAAGAUUAUAUAUGAACAGGAAGGGGUGUAUAUUCAUUCAUCUUUUGGAAAGACCAGUGACCAAGACAGCUUGAUUUCAGGAAUAUUACGUGUUUUAGAAAAGGAUGCUGAAGUAAUAGUGGACUGGAGACCAUUGGAUGAUGCAUUAGAUUCUUCUAGUAUUCUGUAUGCUGGAAAGGACUCCAGUUCAGUCGUGGAAUGGACCCAGGCCCCAAAAGAAAGAGCUCAUCGAGGACUGGAACAUCUGAACAGUUACGAAGCAGAGUGGGACAUGGUUAAUACAAUUUCAUUUAAAAAGAAACCACAUACUAAUGGAGAUGCUCCAAGUCAUAGAAAUGGGAAAAGCAAAUGGUCAUUCCUGUUCAGUUUGACAGACCUGAAAUCAAUCAAGCAAAACAAAGAGGGUAUGGGCUGGUCGUAUUUGGUAUUCUGUCUAAAGGAUGACGUCGUUCUCCCUGCUCUGCACUUUCAUCAAGGAGAUAGCAAACUACUGAUUGACUCUCUUGAAAAAUAUGUGGUAUUGUGUGAAUCUCCGCAAGACAAAAGAACACUUCUUGUGAAUUGUCAGAAUAAGAGUCUUUCACAGUCUUUUGAAAAUCUUCUUGAUGAACCAGCAUAUGGUAUAAUACAAAAGAUUAAAAAGGACCCUUAUACAGCCACUAUGGUAGGAUUUUCCAAAGUCACAAACUACAUUUUUGAUAGUUUAAGAGGCAGCGAUCCUUCUGCACAUCAACGACCACCUUCAGAGAUGGCAGAUUUUCUUAGUGAUGCUAUUCCAGGUUUAAAGAUAAAUCAGCAAGAAGAACCAGGAUUUGAAGUCAUCACAAGAAUUGAUUUGGGCGAACGACCUGUUGUUCAAAGGAGAGAGCCAGUAUCAUUGGAAGAAUGGACUAAGAAUAUUGAUUCUGAAGGAAGAAUUUUAAAUGUAGAUAAUAUGAAGCAGAUGAUAUUUAGAGGGGGACUUAGUCAUGUGUUGAGAAAACAAGCAUGGAAAUUUCUUCUGGGUUAUUUUCCUUGGGACAGUACCAAAGAGGAAAGAACUCAAUUACAAAAACAAAAAACUGAUGAAUACUUCAGAAUGAAACUACAGUGGAAAUCUGUCAGCGAGGAACAAGAGAAGAGAAAUUCGAGGUUAAGAGAUUAUAGAAGUCUUAUUGAAAAAGAUGUUAACAGAACAGAUCGAACAAACAAGUUUUAUGAAGGCCAAGAUAAUCCAGGGUUGAUUUUGCUUCAUGACAUUUUGAUGACCUACUGUAUGUAUGAUUUUGAUUUAGGAUAUGUGCAAGGAAUGAGUGACUUACUUUCCCCUCUUUUAUAUGUGAUGGAAAAUGAAGUAGAUGCCUUUUGGUGCUUUGCCUCCUACAUGGACCAAAUGCAUCAAAAUUUUGAAGAACAAAUGCAAGGCAUGAAGACCCAGCUAAUUCAGCUAAGUACCUUACUUCGAUUGUUGGACAGUGGAUUUUGCAGUUACUUAGAAUCCCAGGACUCUGGAUACCUUUAUUUUUGCUUCAGAUGGCUUUUAAUCAGAUUUAAAAGGGAAUUUAGUUUUCUAGAUAUUCUUCGAUUAUGGGAGGUAAUGUGGACUGAACUACCAUGUAAAAAUUUCCAUCUUCUUCUCUGUUGUGCUAUUCUGGAAUCAGAAAAGCAGCAAAUAAUGGAAAAGCAUUAUGGCUUUAAUGAAAUACUUAAGCAUAUCAAUGAAUUGUCCAUGAAAAUUGAUGUGGAAGAUGUACUAUGCAAGGCAGAAGCAAUUUCUCUACAGAUGGUAAAAUGCAAGGAGUUGCCACAAGCAGUUUGUGAGAUCCUGGGGCUGCAGGACAGUGAAGUUACAACACCAGAUUCAGACAAUGGUGAAGAUGAAAAUGUUGGCAUGACUAGUUGUCCGACAUCUGCAUUUCAGAGUAACUCCUUGCCUGUACUUGCUGCCAGUGGAGCCAGAGAUGACAACCCAGCAGAGAUAUCCAUGUCCCCAAAUGUCAGCAGAGUAACACCUGCAUGAUCAUUCUUCUUGCUUUUUGAAGAGACACUUCAUUGCAACUUCUUUUCAAGUACUGGAAAGGUGGAAAUUUAAAAUCUUGGUAUUGAUCAUGCUUUAAGGUUUAUGGAAAGAAAGUGUACUGAUGUUCUUGCAUUAAAGCUUUAUGAAGAUUUAAACUAAUUAUUUUUGUAGUUACUUCUACCAAAUAGCCUUUCCUUUUCAAUAACAUUCCUUAGUAUUUUUAUAGCUAAGUACAUUUUAUUUUCUCGCUGAUGAACUGGAAUUGGAUAAAUAUUACAAGUGGAUGAGUUGGAAAUUGUGCACUUUUAAAACAUUCACUUUGUUUACUCCAAGUUCAGUGGGUUUGGAUUUGAUUAAAUGUUGAGCCUUUCUAUAGCAUUCUAAGUUGAGAAGUAGAUUGUUACCCAGUGAUGAAAUAAAAGAAUUUGUUUUUCUCUUUUGUUUACAACAAUACAGCUUAAAUAUUUAUGCUGGUUGAAUGUGAUAUGAAUUGGACAUUUUCAUCAAUGCAGUUUAAUGUGUAGAUAAAGAGCUAUUUCAACCAUAAGAAGUGGAUUGGCAGUAUAUUUUUACAUUGAAUUUUUCUUCACUUGUAUAUAAAGACUGUAUAAGUACUUAUUUAUGAGUAUAAGAAAGGAUAGGCAUAUUUUCUUUAACUGAAUAAACUUGACUAUUGAUUUAUAUAACCUGAUUUCACAAAGUUAAUACAUAGCUUCAAUAUGAGAUCUUUUUCAAAACUAUUUUCUUAACCAAACAUUUAUUUCACGAGACUACAUCCAACCCUGUAUCUGGUAUAAUUUUCAAGUUAAUUGCUUGUAGUCUCACUUUACUAGUAAUGUUUACUAUCUUUCCUAAUAAUGUAUUAACUGAUUAAUCAGGUCUUUAAAUUUUUAUGAAAUACUCUUUACCAAAAGCUUAUGUCAAAAAUUUCAAUAUACUAUCACAAGUCUCAAAAUAAUACUUUUUUGUAUAUGAAUGAAGCUGUUGUUUUUACCAUGCAGUGUUGCAUGAUAGUUAUGUGUAAUUAACAUAACUGAUUCCAUUUUAAUUGUAAUUUGUUAAAUUCUGUACAUAUCAUUAAAAUCAAUUUGAAGUUGAA